AUGUCUACUCAAAACUUGAACACUGGUCCCGCAAAACACUCUGGCCAUAAAGAGGCUACAGAGGAGCACACAACUGCUGCGCAGCUCGAAUCCAAGGGCGAGUCAGGUGAUACCGAAGCUCUCUUGAAAAACCGUAUUCUGAACAACAGCCAGGUCUCCCGUGCAGCACUGUAUGACGAAUCAGAUUUCCUCUGCGUCGCUUCUUCUACCAAGCAGUUCAAUCUUCAACCCGACGAUGUGAGAAAGAUCUUCGACGGCAUGUUAACUUUCGCUCGACAAGGGGAUCCCACAGCCGCUCAUGGUGAUGGUCCUACGCCCCAGCAGAUUAAAAUGGGCAGUGAGGGAAGUGCAUCGGUGAAGAAUGGGAAUGCCGAUUCCAUAGUUGCAGAAUUGGACGGCAAACUCAUUAUCGCUGCAAGAACUGCUACGUUGAUACUCAUCGUUGAAGGUGUUUCAGAUGCCAAUCAGAGCUCACUCGAGACUACAAUUUUAUCGUUCACUGAAGGUCUGCAGAAAUUAGCGUGA